UAAACGUCGUAUAUACAUCCGACGUGCUUGUGUGUGCGUGUAUGAGCGAAGCAAUAUGUAAGUCUGCGAUUUAUAAAUGUGCGGUGUGUGAUACACAUACAAACUUAGCGCAGUAGCGCACGGCAUGGAUGAGGAGCAGCAAUAGCUCGUACUCAGCAGCAGCAGGCCAGCGUCUGUCAUCUAAGCGCUCGUCGUCGAUCGUCGUCGUCGCUGAAAGUCGGGGGACUUUCAUUGCACUGCAGCGUGCUUAUUAUAACAUAUACAGCGUAAUACAAAAGUUGCACUCGCAGCAGCAGCAGUGCAAUCGCAACAGUGUAAUAAUACAGCCGAGUGAUCACGAUCAGCAGAGCAGCUUUCGUUUCCCCCAGGUCGAGUUGUCGUCGUGUCGGGUCGGAUCGACCCGAGAAAGAUCCAAGCCUACCCCGAGUCGAGAGCAACGCAACGCGACGAUGAGGAGCGUCGUCGCAUUGGAUCUCAACUGAAUAAUGCUGAAUCAACGUCAUUUAUACCACCUACUGCAAGUAGGUGUUGGCUUGAUUGGCCAGAAUGAUUUACAUCAGAGACAUUUAUUUUCCAGUUGAUGCUUUUGAUAUGACUUUGUAGCAUUUUUUGUAAGCUUAUAUCGCUUAGUUCAUAGUUGUAGUAGUUGGAGGAGGUGCACUGCCUCUUUGGAGAAAUAUUUUACUGCUGAUAAAGGAAAGAUAAAAAGAAACCUUCUAUGAGGCUGGGGCUUGAUCUUUUGCACGAGCCAGUUCUCACUUGAGGUGGAGGAAAUUUUUUUCAAGGCUAAUUCCAAUGAACAAUGAACCAUUCCGGAAGCGGUAAACGUCAAGCCAAAGUUUUAGAAGAAAACUACUGGGAUUGUAGUGUUUGUACUUAUCGUAAUACAGCAGAAGCAUUCAAGUGCCUAAUGUGUGACGUACGCAAAGGUACCUCCACGCGGAAACCGCGUAUCAACCCUCAACUGGUCGCCCAGCAGGUAAAGACCAAAACAAUUAAGAAGGAGCCAGGCAGUGGUGGCACAUCAACAGCAAGUAGUGGUAUUGGUAAAGAUGGCAGAUUAAAGUCUAAACGUAAAUCUCGUCAUCCUCCAAGACUGAAGAAUAUUGAUCGAAGUACGGCCCAGAGUAAUGAAGUUACAGUUAACAAUGUAACUGUCAUUAUUACUGAAUAUAAGCCCAAAGUGAAAAAAUCAACAAGUAGCGAGCAGUCUGGUAUAUCCAGUAGUGCUUCAUCUGAAAAUGGUAGUCAGCAUGAUUCUAAUCAAGAUUCAAGGAGUCUUGAUAUUGGCACUGAUGCCUGAUUUGUGAAAUAGUGUGAUUCAGAGACACUCUAUAACAGAGUUGAUCACUAGUGUUUGUACAUUGUUUCGACACAGCUCAAAGUGAAUUAUGACAGACAUUUUUAUAAAAAUCAAUCAUUUUUAUAGGUAGCGUCAGACAUUUUUUUAAAUCAUGGUGUGUAUUACAAUA